GAGGGAGGGGGACAAGUGGAGAGAUAAGAUAGCGAAGAGUUGGUGUUUAUUUAAGUGGUGUCAUGUCUCUGGCACAUACAGACAACAGGCUCCGGCAGAGCUGCCUGUAUGGGAGAGGAACAACAACACUUCGGGAGCUUGAACUAAAAUAGAUCCAAUGCAGCUUGGAGCAAGAUGGAUUAGCACAGCUUCCAUUAUCUCACCUGACACUUGUCCCCGCUGUGUGGAAUUUCUUGGAACUAUGAGUAAACCGGAGACAUUAGCCACCUGCAUUGCCAAGAUGUACGAGGGGGGUAAAUUGGACAAUGCUGGGGCCCCUUCUAGAGCAAUGAAAAAGCCAACUAACAGCCUGCUGAACAGCCUGGGAGGCAUGGAGGUCAAGCUGAAUCAGCUUGAGGUUAAGGUGGAUCAGAUAACCUGCAGGCAGACAGAGGUCCUUAGGAGGCUGGACAUGGUGUGCCAGGGUAUGGGGACGCUGGGGAAGGACCUGGCCCAGCUCAGAAAGGACAGGGACCCCCAGGCGGGGGACAGGGACUCUCGUGGAGGUGGAGGGGACCCAGCCUUGUUCUCGGAGGUCAGGGUACUGUGUGGGGAGACUGUGGCGCUGCUGAAGAACCUGCAGCAGGAGGGUAAAUGGCAACGGGAAAAGAUUGAGGGAAUCGAGAGCUCGGUUUCGGCCGUGGACAAGCUCUGGGGAUAUGUGGGGGAAGUCUUCCGAAGCUCCAAGAUAGUGGAGUUCAUCUUGAAAGGCAUCGUGCCCUGGAGGAAACAGGGCCUACUGUACAGCCAAGAGGAGGAGGAGGUCAGUGAGCUCAUGCUGAAGCGGGAUGGCACAUCUUUGCCAUUUCAGAACAAAUGUUAAGAGUUAUUUUGAGUUAUGGUAUUAACAUUUGCUAAUAAUUUAUUUUGUGAGCCAUGACUCUGGUUCACCCUUCCCACUUAAUUUAACCUUUGGAAAGAAUGCAGUGCAUUCUGUACAGUGUACAGAGUGCACUGUCAUUAUGUUUUGUUCUCACACUUUUAAAUACUUUCUCAUUCAAAUGGAAACAUGAGUUCAAAUGAGUUCAUAAUUUGCAUAUAGGAUAUGCAAUUUCAUCCUGUUUAAUAUAAUUCACUUCUCCUAUGAUGUUGUGUAAAAUAAAGGGAACGAUUUGUCUUUGAAAAUGACUAAUCCAUGCUUUGGGCUUGUGGGAAAGGAUUUCAAUCUUGGUGAUUUGACUACUAUAACAGCAUCUUUGUUAAAUGUUCACUCUUAAUAAAUGCUCAUUGCUAUUUUCAUAGGGCAUGGCCUAACAUAAUGAGGAAGUAUAAGUUGAAGGUGGGCGUUUGUCCAGAAAAUGUCCGUUGAAAUCCCCAGUAAAAAGUGUUGCUACUAUAGUAGCCUUGUGCAAAGUCACUUAACCUGGCGGCCUGUGUCUGACUGUCUGACUGUCUCUAGAAUGUUUGUUCAGCUGUUGGGAAACAAUAUGUAAUAUUACUACCAAGAUAAGGCUGUUUGCUAGCAUCAAAUCCAAAGUGAAACUGAAGUGAGAGUGAUUUUUCCCACUGACUGUAUGCUUUCCCCCCAGAUCAUGACAAUUUAGGAUAAAGAAUCUAGCUUACAUACAGUAUAAUGUAUGAAGAAUCAUUUUUCUAAUUCAUAUCAACAGUAGGUUCUCAUCACUGGCAUCUUGAUAUUAAAUACUAAUGUUUGCUACCACAUAAAAUAGCCUACUAACAAACCAUUAGAAGGCAGAUGGAACCAAAUGCUGGUCAUCUAUUUGUUUGAACAUAGAAUUAGGAUAGUCAUAUUUAUUUUAUAUUUAACUAGACCAAUGGAAUUUCCAGAAAUAGCCAUCCCUGUGACCGGGUGUGUGAUGAGGUGUGAAUGACAGAGUCAGGCGCAGGAGGAAAUCCAGAGUUUAUUCAGUGUACAUGAAAAAAGCGCAUUAAGCAUAAAAACGAAACUAGCACAAGGGAAACAUCCACCUUGGCUACAUACAAGGAAAGAGUAGCUCAACCAAGCUACUCACUCUCACAAUGAACACUCACAAAGGACAAGGGGGCAGAGGGAACACUUAUACACAGACUAAUGAGGGAAUGAGUACCAGGUGUGUGUGAUUGACAAGACAAAUGGAGUGAUGAUAAAUGGAGCGGUAGUGGCUAGUAAGCCGGUGAUGACGAACGCCGAAACCUGCCAGAGCAAGGAGGGGCAGCCUCGGCUGAAUUCGUGACAGUACCCCCACCCCCUUGACGCGCAGCUCCAGCAGCGCGCCGACACUGGCCUCGGGGACGGCCAGGAGGACGCGGAGCAGGGCGAGUCGGAUGGCGAAGAUGGAAGUCCCUCAACAGAGAGGGAUCGAGGAUAUCCCUCACCGGAACCCAGCACCGUUCCUCCGGACCGUACCCUUCCCACUCCACGAGGUACUGAAGGACCCCCACCCGGCGCCUCGAAUCCAGUAUGGAACGGUCAGAGUACGCCGGCGCCCCCUCGAUGUCCAAAGGAGGUGGAGGGACCUCCCGCACCUCAGACUCCUGGAGCGGACCAGCCACCACCAGCCUGAGGAGAGACAUGAAACGAGGGGUUAAUAUGGUAAUCAGGGGGGAGUAAUAACCUAUAUGUGACCUCGUUGAUUCUCCUCAGGACUUUGAACGGCCCUACAAACCGCGGGCUCAGCUUCCAGCAGGGCAGGCGGAGGGGCAGAUUCCGGGUCGAGAGCCAGACCCGAUCCCCCGGUACAAAGACGGGGGCCUCACUGCGGUGACGGUCAGCGUUGGCCUUCUGACGACGCGUUGGAGGUGAACAUGGGCAGCGUUCCACGUCUCCUCUGCGCGCCGAAACCAGUCAUCCACCGCAGGAGCUUCGGUCUGGCUCUGGUGCCACGGUGCCAGAACCGAUUGAUAACUUAAAAAACACUGAAAUGGCGUUAGGUUUGUAGAGGAGUGGCGGAGAGAGUUCUGGGCAUAUUCUGCCCAUGGCAGGAACACCGACCACUCCCCCGGCUGGUCCUGGCAAUAGGACAUCAGGAACCUACCCACAUCCUGAUUUACCCGUUCCACCAGCCCAUUACUCUCAGGGUGGAACCCAGAGGUCAGGCUGACCGAGACUCCCAGACGUUCCAUGAACGCCUUCCAGACUUUUGACGUGAACUGGGGACCUCGGUCAGACACUAUAUUCUCUGGUACCCUGUAGUGCCGAAAGACGUGUGUAAACAGGGCCUCCGCAGUUUGCAGAGUCGUGGGCCCUAGGAGGAAGGAGGCGGCAGGCCUUCGAAAAGGCCUUCGAAAAGCGGUCUACAACGACCAGGAUGGUGGUGUUCCCUUGAGAGAGAGGUAGAUCAGUUUUUAAAAAAUCAACACUCAAAUGAGAUCAUGGUCGUUGUGGAACUGGUAACGGUUUUAACUUACCCACUGGGAGGUGCCUAGGUGCCUUACUCUGGGCGCACACUGAGCAGUAGGAAACAUACACCCUCACGUCCUUAGCCAAGGUAGGCCACCAGUACUUUUCGGUCAGGCAGCGCACUGUACGACCAAUACCUGGGUGACCAGAGGAGGGUGACGUGUGUGACCAGUAGAUCAGACGAUCACGGAUAAGCGCAGGCACGUACUGCAGCCCAGCUGGACACUGCGGUGGAGAUGGAUCUGUGCGUAAUGCCUGCGCUAUAUCCACAUCCAUCGCCCAUACUACCGGCACCACAAUGCAUGAGUCCGGCAGUAUGGGGGUAUUGUCUCUGGGCCUCUCCUCUGUAUCAUACAGCUGUGACAGGGCGUCUGCCUUCACGUUCUUCGUACCCGGAAUGUAUGACAGUGUGAAUCAAACCGGGUGAAGAAUAGGGCCCACCUGGCCUGGCGAGGGUUCAGCCUCCUCGCUGCCCAGAUGUACUCCAGGUUACGGUGGUCCGUCCAGACGAGGAAUGGGUGUUUCGCCCCUUCGAGCCAAUGUCUCCACAUGGUCAGAGCUCGGACAACAGCCAACAGCUCCCGAUCACCGACGCCGUAGUUCUGCUCCGCCGGGCUGAGCUUCUUUGAGAAGAAUGCACAGGGGCAGAGCUUGGGUGGCGUGCCCGAGCGUUGAGACAGGACUGCUCCCAUCCCAACCUCGGACGCAUCCACCUCCACUACGAACGGUAGUGAUGGAUCGGGGUGGGCCAGUACCGGGGCCGAGGUGAACAGUUCCCUCAGGUUACUGAAGGCCCUGUCAGCCUCAGCAGACCAGCGGAGCCGGGACGGCCCACCCUUCAACAGAGAUGUAAUGGGAGCAGCGACCUUGCCAAAGCCAAAUAUAAACCUCCAAUAAUAGUUGGCGAAGCCAAGGAAGCGCUGCACCUCCUUUACCGUGGUUGGAGUCGGCUAUUACGCACGGCUGAAAUGCGGUCGCCCUCCAUCUCCACACCUGUGGUAGAAAUGCGGUAUUUGAGGAAGGAGACGGACUGCUGGAAAAACAUACACUUUUCUGCCUUAGCAUAAAGGUCAUUUUCCAACAGUCGGGCCAGUACUUUGCGAACCAGAGACACAUGCUCGGCGCACGUAGCGGAAUACACCAAGAUGUCAUCAAUGUAGACCACUACAUCACGACCAAGCAUGUCCCGAAACACCUCGUUCACCACGGACUGGAAGACGGAUGGAGCAUUCAUCAAACCGUAAGGCAUCACCAGGUAUUCAUAAUGACCUGUGGUUGUGUGGAAUGCUGUCUUAUCCCUCUCGGAUACGCACCAGGUUGCACGCACUCCUGAGAUCUAAUUUAGUGAAGAAGCACGCUCCAUGCAAUGACUCAACCACUGACGGAAUGAGGGGGAGAGGAUAACUAAAUCUUAUCGUCUCCUUGUUCAGUGGUCGAUAGUCAAUGCACAGGCGCAAACCACCGUCUUUCUUCUUCACAAAAAAUAAACUUGAGGAGGCGGGUGAAGUGGAGGGACGUAUGUACCCCUGGCGCAGGGACUCGGUGACGUAUGUCUCCAUAGCCUCCGUCUCCGCCUGCGACAGGGGAUACACAUGACUCCUUGGAGGUACAACGUCUACCCGAAGGUUUAUUGCGCAAUCCCCCGCCCGAUGAGGUGGUAAUUUAGUUGCUUUAUUCUUGGAGAAAACUUGUGCCCGAUCAUGGUAUUUGGGGGGAAUGCUCACGGUGGAGGCACCGUCUGGACUUUCCACCGUGGUUGCACCAACGGAAACACCAAGACACCUACCCUGACACUCUCGCGACCACCCUGUGAGAACCCUCUGCGGCCAUGAGAAAGUGUGGAGUGCUAGCCACGGAAUACCUAACACCACAGGGAAAGCAGGAGACUCAAUGAUGGAAAAAGUGACCUGCUCACAAUGCGUCUCCUGUGUGAUCAUGGUGACUGGUACCGUGACUUCCUUCUUCAACCCAGACCCUAAUGGUCGACUAUCAAGUGCUCUGAUGGGGCGUGGAAUGGAUAGGGGAACUAAUGAAAUGCCCUGGUGGUGUGCGAAAGUUUUAUCCAUAAAGUUCCCAGCUGCGCCUGAAUCUACUAGCGCCUUACACUUGGGAACUCUCAUGUAAUCAGGGAAGUAUAUGGGUAUUGUACAGUGCGCAGCAGAGGGCUCUGAACAAGUGUGGGUGCUUAAUACCUGGGGUGAUGCGAGAGUGCCCUGCCGGCCGCCUCCUGACCCAAAAGAGCACUGACGACAACGUGUGGUGGAAUGUCCCUUCGUGCCAUCCGAUUGGCACUGGCGCUGUCGUCUUCCGCUCUCUCGGUGCGCGGAACCACCCAGCUCCAUGAGCUCUGGAUCUGCGUUGGUCGGGGCGGGAACGGCCAGACCUCCUCCAGGAUGUCCUCUGGUUGCCAGCAGGUUAUCCAGACGAAUGGCCAUGUCCACCAGUUCGGUAAAAGAUAAACUGGUGUCACGGCAGGCUAGCUCCCGUCGGACGUCCUCCCUUAGAUGGCACCAGAACUGGUUGAUCAGGGCCCGCUCGUUCCACCCAGAUCCUGCUGCCAGAAUCCGGAACUCCAGCGCGAACUCCUGUACUGUCCUCGUUCCCUGCCUCAAGUGGACCAGCUGCUCACCCGCCUCUCGACCCUCGGGCGGGUGAUCGAAAACCGCCCGGAAUAGGCGGGCGAACUCCCUGUAGUCCUCCAACGCGGCUCCUCCUUCUCCCAAACCGUGUUGGCCCACUCCAGGGCUUUCCCCGAGAGGCAGGAAAUGAGGACGGACACCUGCUCUCGAUCUGAUGGCGCCGGCCUGACACUGGAGCAGUACAGCUCCAGUUGGAGAAGGAAUCCCUGACAUAGAGCCGGCGUCCCAUCGAACGCCCGUGGUCGAGAUAUCUGGAUCCCUCCGGGUGCUGUGAUGUAGGUGGCUGGAUCUGGUUGGCCAGCUGGUCUCGACGGAUCGGUUCCUCUUCUCUCCAGGCAUUGGACGACCUGAAGAACCCGAUCCAUCGCUUCCCCCAAGCUGGCCAGCAUAGUGGAAUGUUCCUGGACCUUUGUGACUAUUCCAGGCAUGCUCUCCUCUCCUGCUGACUCCAUAGAGGUGAGUGAUUCUGUGAUGAGGUGUGAAUGACGGCGUCAGGUGCAGGAGGUAAAACACAAAAAUCCAGUUUAUUCAGUGUACAUGAAUAAAGCGCAGCAAGCGUCAAAACGAAACUAGCACAAGGGAAAAAUCCACCUUGGCUACAUACAAGGAAAGAGUAGCUCAACCGAGACACUCACGCUCACAAUGAACAAUCACUCACAAAGGACAACGGGGCAGAGGGAACACUUAUACAAAGACUAAUGAGGGAAUGAGUACCAGGUGUGUGUGAUUGACAAGACAAGACAAGACAAGACAAAUGGAGUGAUGAUAAAUGGAGCGGUAGCGGCUAGUAAGCCGGUGACGACGAACGCCGAAACCUGCCCGAGCAAGGAGGAGGGGCAGCCUCGGCUGAAUUCGUGACAGGGUGUGGUAACUCGUAUAUCUAAAGUUUAGUAAAAAUAUUAGGUACAGUGGGACUUUUAGUAAAAGGGCUUUAGAAAUUAAAACAUAGCAAUGUAUUAACCUACGUGACAUCAAAGUGGGCCAACCAACUUUCUAAUAGAGAAUGCAGUGAUGAGUACUAAAAUUGUCACCUGUAAUGAUAAACUGCAUCUAAUGGCUUUAAUGAAGUGGCUGCUGUGUUCAUAUAGAUGAUGUCGCCAUAGUCUAGGACCGAUAGGCACGUCGACUGACUAAUCUGCUUUCUACUUUUUAGCGAGAGCCAGGACCUGUUUCUAUAGAAGAAGCCCAUUUCUAUUCUCAGCAUCUUAAUUAACUCAUCAAUAUGCUUUUUUAAAAGACAGCUUUUCAUCUAUCCAGAUGCCCAGAUAUUUAUAAACAGGAACACGAUCAAUAUGGACACCAUCCAAAGUGCAUAUACUUACAUCAUCAGAGUUCUUUUUAGGCGCUUUAGCAAACAUCCUUCCUCCUGUGUGGCUCAGUUGGUAGAGCAUGGCAUUUGUAACGCCUGGGUUGUGGGUUUGAUUCCCACGGGGACCAGUAAAAAAAUGUAUGCACUCACUACUGUAAGUCGUGUGUCUGCUAUGCGAUGUAAUCAACAUAUAUUUAGUUUUACCUGCAAUACUAAUUUCAGGUCAAUAAAGUUUUUCUGUAAUACAAUGAAGGCAGACUGUAGUUCAGAUAGAGCCUGGUCAACUGUGGAGGCAAUAGCAUACACAAUAGUAUCAUUGGCAUUCAAGUGCAGGUUUCAAUUUUUUACAGACAAGUCAAUAUUGUUAAUGUAAACAGUAAAAAAUACAGGACCCAGACCCCUGCGGGACACCUUUCGUAAUAUCCAGGAAACCUGAUUUAACACCAUCAGUAGAUACACAUUGAGUUCUAUCUGUCAAGUAAUUUAUUAACCAGUUACAUGCAGCCUGGUCUAGGCCAAUUGGGGAAAGCCUCUGAAUUAGCAGUGAGUGAUCAACAGUUUCGAAAGCCUUUGACAGUACCAGAUAUAAUAGUCAGGUAAAAAAUAUGGGUUAAUUAUUCAGCAAUCAGCGGGGCAGAGAGCUGCAGCAGAAAUUGAUCAAGCAUAUCAGCCUCAGUGGAUUUGUUUUACAUCAAUCUUAAGCAUGGCAUCUAGCACAUCACAGAUAGUAAAUUGUUGAAAUUGAAACAAAGAUGACGGGUUAACCGUCGAGUCAGCUAGAGGCUGGCAGAGGGAAGAGCAGUCGAUUGACUGACCAGGGUCAGUUAAACCAUAAUUUCUCUCAAAUAAAAAGCCUGCCGAGAUAAAAUGGUGAAUAAAAGCAUCACUUAUCCCUAUCCCUAUUAUCUUCUCAGUUAUGAUGCCAGAGUCAGACAUAACUUGUUUCGGAAGGGAUGAAGAGGAAUUUGUACGCUUCAGUGCAUGUACUUUUUUCCAAAAUGUAAAAGGAUCACCAGCAGAGUCAGAGAUAGAGCUUAAAAAGUAGCUUGACUUAGCUUUCUUAAUCGAGAUAGUAUCUGUUUCUCAAUUGUCUGAAAGAUUGCCAGUCCACUACAGAGUCAGUUUUCCUUGCUUUGGCCCAUGCCUGAUUUCUCACCGGAAUGAGCUUAGAUAGCUCAGAAGAAAACCAAGAGUUAGAUCUAUCUUUGACUCUGAAUUGUUUAAAAGGGGUGUGUUUAUCUGCCAGAGGAAUAAAUAUGGAGGAUACAUUUUCUAGAGCCAACUCAGGGUUAGGAAUACAGGAGAGAGUUUAAAAUCAAUGCAUAUGCUCUUAAAUUGAUCUGAGGCCAGGUAUAGCCAAUCCAGAUUCAAAUCCCCUAAAAUAACUAACUCCGAAGACAGAAAAGGUGUUAAACACUCAGAUAUAGCACCAAAAUAAGUCUUGUAAAACAAUGUGGCCUUAAUGGCCACACUGUAUGCACGCAUGACUGUAAGUCGCUUUGGAUAAAAGCGUCUGCUAAAUGGCAUAUUAUUAUUAUUAUUAUUAUUAAAUCUCUACCCGGUACAGCCAGAAGAGAUGCCACUUAGCCCAAUAUUGGACUAAAGGAGCCUAACGUUACUCCUUACUCCAAGGACCUUACAUGUUCUGUUUAAAGGGCGAAUUGGCUCUGGAAGCCAAAACAGCCAAAUUCUCCAUCUAAACGUGAAUCGAAUCUCUAUUUUGGUAAAGGUCUAGAAACAUAAAUCCUCUACUUUCACAUCACUUCAAAAUACACACACUUACUGCACACUGUUUUAACCGGUUUAACACAGUUGCAGCCGACAGUAUUUUCCAGUGACAACACGUUUGUGGCGUCUGUCUUCCGUUUACACACAGCUGUUCGAAGAUGCAGAUAGCUAAUUAGCACAGGUAGUCCACUCUGUCUACUGUCUGUUUUCCGUAAACAAGCACUGUAACAUAAAAUGGCAGUGUGGGAACCCUAACCCUAUAAAGGUGUGUAACAAUUUAACCUUCUGUUUUUUGAAAAUUAUGACAUGAAAGACAAAAAUCCUCCCUACAGAAGACGCCUUCGUCCAAUGACUCUUAUGUGUAAUGUAAUGGAACUGAGAGUCAUGAUCAAGGGCUACUAGCCACUGUGCUACUGCCUCUGCAUUGCUUUCUCUUAGGGGUUUUAGUCUCGGUAUCUGUAAAGAACUUUGUGAUUGCUGAUGUAAAAAGGGCUUUAUAAAAUACAUUUGAUUAAUAGAUUGAAAUGUUGAGUUUUUUUGGGGUGGAGAUAGUGUAGAUUCAUUUAGUGUUAGUAAUAGUCUGAUAGUAUUAGGCAGACAGAUGGACUCUAUAAUGAGAGCCAGUAAGGUAUGCUGUGCGAACACAGAUCACAACAGCAUUGCUUCUUGCCCACCCAUGCUAUGACCCUGCGGUGUACGUCCAGGCCAGAUCCACUGCUGGCAUCUCCCAGUUACUCAUGGCUUAGUGUAAACAAAUAAGUCCAGCUGGGUCGGCCCAGUAGGCAUCUGUUAUCAGUUAUGUGUUGUCAUUUCAAAUAUGCCACACCAGUUCAUCAUUAAUACUAAAAAGACCAUGCCUCAAUCAUACUCCAUGCCUCAAGUCCAUGCCUGAAGUAUUGGCAAUGUGGUGAUGAGUGGAUGUGAACAAACAUUUAGAUAAGAUAUUUCAGCUUUUAACUUUUUUAUUUAUCCUGUUUGCUAUAUGUGGUUUAUCUUGUUCAAACUUCAUGUCAUACAUACUCCUGGAAUAGAGCUACUAUACCACAUUGGAGGUAGAAUGAUUGUUAAACCUGAUUGUGAUAAAGUAGUAAGCAACAAUAUGUAUGAAGGAUGUUCUCUUCACUCAGAAAACUAAAUCAGAAGAUAGCAGCGCAAAGCCCAAAGUCACUCUUUGCGACCAGGGGACUCAGGUCCAGGAGGAGGGCUUACAUAUCACCAGAGGUAAGCUGGACUUGUCUCUGUGUUAUCUGUUGGCAUUGAUACAUAUUUUUCAGUUAAUGUUUUUCAAUCAAUCAAUCAAUUAAUUAAUCAAUCAAACAUUAUUUAUACAUCACUUUUCUCACAUCAAAUGCAUUUUAAGGUACUUUCAGUCAAUGUUGACCAGUUACUGACAACUUAAGGCAUUGCCUGGAUGUUUUCUGCAAAGUUAAUGUGAGUGGGUGGGGAUUCCAUAAGCUAAUGAGUGAUUACUUGAACUAAUUCCUUCUGGUAUAUCUGUUGCUGUUAUCCCACAGGUGACCAGCAGGCAGUAAAGCUCCCUGUAGAGGAAGCGAAGGCCACAGACCAUGGAGUGGAAGUCCCAACUCCUCCUGAGCCUGAUCCCUGCAGGUUAUCAGAAGCUCUCACAGAGGGCCCUGCAGUGGACGAGGCCUUAUUCCCAUCUACCAAUAGUGAUUGGGGUAGUAAAGGAUCUCGCAAGCCCAAAGAGGUCACCUUAAAGAGCAGAGAGCCCACCAGAGUCCAGACCUUCGCCCCUGAUGUGGUUGUAGCUCAGGAGGAGGUCACCAUCGAAGUGCUCUCUGAGCUGAGGAGGUAGGCUGACUGAUUCAUAACCAAUAGAAUAUGCCAGUUAUCCAAAGUGAAAUCUCUCUUGUUAUUAAGUUAUUAUUUUUUUAUUUUUUUAAUGGCAGCACCAUUACUCCCAACAGGGUUAUGAAAAGUGUGACAGGUGGACCUGUUGAGUUUUUUUUAUUUGUUUUAAUUAAAUUGUAUUAUUCUUUUUUUAAAUUCUUUUUUUUGGGGGUAGAUCAGCUUAAUAUUGCAGAUAGAUUGUAACUUCCAUCAUUGUAAUUGUCUGCAUCACUUCCAAUCCCCCAUGUUUUUUAUAUAUAUACUCCCCUUUAUUACUUUUCAACCCCGCCAUCCUUUCCCUACUUGGGGUAAAUUAGUGAACAACAAUGCCCAGGCCUCUACUUCCAGCCUAUACUUACUAUCUACACCUUAUGGACACAGUCAAUUUUCCAAUAAUUCUAUUUUAUUUGUUUUUGCUCCUGAACUUCUUCUACUCUCAACCUCUCCGAUCAUUUUCAUGAUGUCCAUCCGGUUUGCUUCUAUAUGCAAUAUCUUUCUAACUGUGCUCUUUCUCAAAAGCUCCCAACAUACAACCUAUAUACUUAUUAUGGACACAGCAUGCUUACAUUAUUAGUUAUCUUGUUAUUAUUUGUUGUUAUUAGUUAUUAGUCCCAUCCUUCAACUCCAUUCAACACCUCCCAUCUAUCUCUUAACACCAUCCAUAUAGGAUUUUCUAUUUGCCAUAUAUAUUUCAACCGUACUGUUGAGUUGACAUUAAUUGUCAUCAAAGAGAUCCAACAAAGAACAUGCACUCACUGACCUACACUUUCGGCUAGAAAUGUGGAUAUACUAAAUGAUCCUCAAGCUAAACCCCACUGCUGCCUUUUCAUGUUUCUAAUGAAAGGGUCUCAAGUGCCAGUGGGCUCUCACACUGAGUAGGGUGAGCAACAUGAGGUACAUGCUAAAGGGAAUACAGAACAUCAAAGGGCCCUUCCGUUGUUUCCCAUUUUUACAUGCCUACUAUAAGUGGCAUUUCAAGAAUGGGGGUACUUAACAUGAGAAUCAGCAUCUGUCACUACUCAUAGCCCAUAACUCAUAUUGUUAUUAUCCAUAUUUUGACCUGCACUGUUGGAGCCCGGAGCAUAAUAUUUUCACUGUGCCCUACAAUUACAUCUGUGUCCCUGUACGUGUGACUAAUAAACACAAUCUAAUCUAAAAUUGAAUCUAAUAUAUUGCUGUCACAUUGGUUUCAUUAGUUACAUAUAUAUUCUGUUUAAUUAUAAUAUAAUAAUAAUAAUAUGCCAUUUAGCAGACGCUUUUAUCCAAAGCGACUUACAGUCAUGCGUGCAUACAUGUUUGUUUUUUUGUGUAUGGGUGGUCCCGGGGAUCGAACCCACUACCUUGGCGUUACAAGCGCCGUGCUCUACCAGCUGAGCUACAGAAGAAAAGUGUAAGUCUAUGCAUUGUUCAAACAUUGACUGUUUUGUAAUGUUCCUGUGCUGCUAGGACUCCUGAUGUGACUAGGAUUUCGGUGGGCAGUGAGUUAGACAGUCAGUACAGCAAAGUCAAGGAGACAGAGGUUCCACAAGGUCCAGAACCCACUGCAUCUGAGCCACCUUCAUCCACCACUGAGGAGCAACUGCCGGAGCAACGGCCGGAGCAGGCCACUGAAAGUGUUCCUCUUCCUUCCAAGGAGGACACUCUCCCCAAAGAAGACUUUACAAAUGCUGCAGUCAGUCCUCAGGAACCUGUUAUCAUUGUAACACCACCAACCCCGUACAGCAGUGCGCUAGCAAGCCCACUGAAUGUGGUCACCAAACCGGAGCCAGAGCCAGUAAUGAUUGUCCCUCAGGUCCAGACUAAGCCUGUGGCAGCCACAGAGCAGCACAAACCAGUUCCACCUCAACCAGAGUCUGAGACAGUGAAAAACUCUGCAAAACCAGUUGUCCCUCAGCCAACUCCCUCUUUAGUUGUUAAAAACUCUACAGCAACUGCACAGGCGGCAGCCCUAGAUGCACAACUAUUGGUCAUAGGUAAGAACGGCAAUAUCAAUGUCAUUUUCAGCACAAUAUGGAUUGCACAACGGUAUGUUACUGGGUGAAAUUCAGUAUGAAAUAUGUCAAUCCUCCAAUAAGUCCACAGAUCAUUACCCAUACCACCAAGCAUAUAAUAAAUCAUGCUCCUGUGCUCUUCCUUUCCAGAUGACUGCCCACCCUUACCUGCUCCCUUUGAGCACCGUAUUGUGAGUGCCAAGCAAGUCCCGAUGGGCUCUUAUUACGCUGUAAAGCCUAACGAGGUUCUUGGAGGGUGAGUCCUAAUUCUUAAGGGCAGCGAGAAUGUGUUUACCGUAUAGAAAGACUGAGGUGUUGCAUAUAUUAUGCCCCCUAUUGUUACCCUCCAAACACAACAGACUUACUGUAAGUGAGGGUUACCAACUGUUAUUUUACUGCUAUAAAUACACUGUCAGGUUGGCAUCUACCCAAUGAUAUUGGCUGAAAAUAGUGAUGUAGAAAACACAAGAAGAGCAGCUUGCUGCAGCAGCAGUAACCAGGUGCAGCAUUAGCAGAUAAACAGGGUUAGCAGACUGACAGUCUGUGCAGUAUAGCAUGAUAGCAGGCGAUGGGCAAAGCAGGAAGAGAUAGUACAUAUCAGCAGCAGAGCUGAACAACUGGCAACACAGACAGGGCUAAUCCCCCACAGAGUCUGCAAAUAAGCACUGGCUUCUUUCAUGCUUGUCAUGGACAGGGUUUAUUUUGGGCAAGUGUUGAGUGACCAUUUGCAUAGGGGCUUUUUUGAAUGUCCAUGUUCCAUGUAGAGUAGAGGCGCUCUCUCGCUACAUAAAGAAGUUGGCUUAGUAAACUCUCCAUGUGUGACGGAUGAUGAUAUACUUCCAAUGAAACCAGAGGAGAAAAACAGGUCCUUGGAGUAUGUCUGCAAAGCCCUGACCGAGGUCAACGCAAAGGAUACUCCUCAAGGUUGACUGCUUGUGGGUCUGUGCUGUGCUCUUUGGUGCCUUUGUCGGGGUGUAUGUAGCCUUGAGUUCUCGCAUUUUAAAGGUUGUAACCUGAGGCACAGAUUCCGAGAAUAACGCGCUGAGAGUCUGUGCCUGCGCGGCUAGGGUGUAUGUAUGUUCAUAAUUGUCUAUGAACAAAUAUUUGUGUUCACACCUGUCUCUUUAGCAUGUAUGUAAAGUAUCUAUGCACUCAUAACUGUCCUUGUUUCCACAGGGGACGUUUUGGGCAGGUCCAUAAGUGUGCAGAGCUGUCGUCGGGCCUAAUCCUCGCUGCGAAGUUGAUCAAAGUCAAAGGAAUGAGGGAGAGAGUAAGUGGAUAUACUACAACAGACCUGUGGUCUUUAUACCCCUCCUCUCUCUGACUCCAACCCUGACCUCUCUCUAUGUUCCUGUGAAGUUUAUUUAUGAGGUUCUAUGUGAGCAAUUCUCCAGCCGCAGCUUAAAGAGAUACUCACACGUACAAACGCGUACACACACACACACAUGCAUACUAUCUCUCGCUCUCUCUCUACCUCAAAAACUAUGCAACAAAGUUAAAGCUGCAACAUGUAACUUUUUGGGUGACCCGACCAAAUUCACAUAGAAAUCAGAGUUAUAGAUCUGUUAUUUUCAUUGAAAUCAAGUUUAAAGCCGGGUGUACACUACACGAUUUUGGCCCUGAUUUAGCUGUCCCAGGCAAGUUUGAGAUCAGAGCCAAAAUCCCCAUGUCGUUGCCUACUCGGGGCGUGCGGCCGUCACCGACUCUCAUUUAAUGUGAGUGGGUCAGAGACACAAUCUGAGGGCUACCGAUCUCGUCUUUGAGCUGUCCCGAUAUUUUCAAACGUUUGAUUUUAUCGGUACAAAAUCUGCAAUUGUCUUGUAGUGUGAGCUGUGCUAUGACAAGUUUUGAGAACGGUGAUCAGCAAUAGCCAAUGAGAUGAUGACGUUGUUUUGCAUUACCCAGAAUGUGUAGACUCUCAAGCAGGAGCAAUGACUACUAGUAUUUUAUUUAUUUAUCCCUUAUUUUACCAGGUAAGUUGACUGAGAACACAUUCUCAUUUACAGCAACGACCUGGGGAAUGGUUACAACGGAGAGGAAGGGGGAUGAAUGAGCCAAUUGGAGGCUGGGGAUGAUUAGGUGGCCAUGAUGGGAUGAGGGCCAGAUUGGGAAUUUAGCCAGGAUACCGGGGUUAACACCCCUACUCUUACAAUAAGUGCCAUGGGAUCUUUAGUGACUACAGAGAGUCAGGACACCUGUUUAACAUCCCAUCCGAAAGACGGCACCCAACACAGGGCAAUGUCCCCAAUAACUGCCCUGGGGCAUUGGGAUAUAUUUUUAGACCAGAGAGAAGAGUGCCUCCUACAGGCCCUCCAACACCACUUCCAGCAGCAUCUGGUAUCCCAUCCAGGGACCAACCAGGACCAACCCUGCUUAGCUUCAGAGGCAAGCCAGCAGCGAGAUGCAGGGUGGUACGCUGCUGGCAUAGUACGCAUUUGUACCUGUCUUUAACCAAAGCCAAAGUGUCAAAUCGUUACACCUAUGAAGUUCAGAAGCAAUGUUAUUCAAUUCAAAAUGUUGGCUACAAAUUUCAACUCUGUAUGGCAAGCGUGAAUGUCUGACUGAAACCUUUUUUGAGGCUGCUUUGAGCCACAGCUCGUUCUAGCUACAUUAACAAUCUAAUCACAUCAUCACGUCAUUGUUUUCACGAGACAGCGUGGUGGUAUCGAGAAUCCUCACAACCAAGUGAAGAAUCUUGUAGUGUGUGACACCCCGUCUGUGCCAGAUCGGUUAGUGUGCAAGACAAAUAACCACAGGAAAGACGGUUGUUUAAUGUGAGGUUCAGCGAUGUUUGGAUUUUGAAAGUCGUGUAGUGUACACACGGCAUAAGAAGCUAUUUCUAUGCUUCCCGUUCGUAAGUUUCAUUUUUAAUUUUGGCUCUGUAAACCAGCUUCAAACAGCUGAAAAUACAAUAUUUUUGGUUAUUGAAAAUAUAUUUCACAGCAGUUUAGAUGGUACAAUGAUUGUACACUCUGCAUUGCUUGUUUUGUCACAUAAACUGAAAUUAGGCGAACUAUUACAAUUUUAGCAACCAUGAAAUGGUUGAUUUAUGCAUAUUGCACUUUUAAAGAACAUAUAUUUACAUUUUCUAUUCUUACUCUCUCCAUUUCUCUUUGACAUUCACAGACACACACUCUCUGAGAACGCACACAGCAUGCACCUGUGUCCAGGGGCGGUGUGUUCAAUAGGGCGAUAUGGGCGACGCACUGCCAAACGGGAAAAGGAAGGGAUUUUUUUUCUAAUCAAUUAUAUCACGGCAACAGUAGUUAUCAGUGUUGUAAUCUAGACGUCUGAUCUGCCACAGUGCCACUAAAUGUCCAAUCAGGCUAAAGUCGUGCUUCAAAUGCCCCCCCCCCCCUUUUGGGGCGAUUUCAGUCAGGUUGAAAAUCGCCCAGAAGUCUGUCAUAGACUCCCAUGUAAAAUCUAUUUUUUUCAAAUAUCAGAGCUUUCAAUACAAUCUCUAUGGGUUUCUGAGGGCUUGCACUUACGCGCUUUCGUCAUACGUAACAUAACCAUGAACGUAACUAAGAAAAGAGCGGGUAGCCUCAUCAAUCAAUUCACUACUACUAUCAAAAUGGCUAGGCUUCAGUGCAACUCGAUUGUGUCUUUGAAAGAAGUUCCUUUUUGUCGGCGAACAAAUGAAGAUAAAUUGGCAACGAAACAAUUAGGACCUCCCAGACCAAAUUUAAUAAUUCAACAGGUUUCUACUAAAGGGGGGAAGUCCUACACCCGAGGAUUUUCCAAAAAUUGGUACGAACGAAAAACCUGGCUAGCAGGCUGCGAUGUAGCUAAUGCAGUCUUCUGCUACCCCCUGCUUACUCUUUCACCCUGAAGGCGGCACGGCAGACAGCACCGCUUGGACAGCGACUGGUGUGUAACGGACAUGCACCAUCUUUCAGGAAAGAUUAAGAAACAUGAGCUGUCAAAGACCCACAUGGAUAGCUGUUUGAGAUUGUCUGCUUUGGGGAGAGUGAACAUUCCCACUCAACUGGAUGAGGGAUACAGGCUAGCUGUCCGCCGCCACAACGAUGAGGUUAGUGUUGAUAAUCACAAGUUUACUGGAGAACUGAAACUGACAAGGCUGACAAGAUAGGACCCUUUUGUCCAUUGUUAUUGGAUAGGAACAGAACUUAUAACCAGCUCCUGACCUAAAUAGAUCUUAGCACAACAUUUUACUCAACAUAUCAUAUUCCAUAUUCACUAUAACAAAUAUAUUUACUACGACAUUAGCAAGAACCGCCACAUCCUCAGCCGGCUAAUCCAGUGUGUGAAGUUUUGCGGAGUGUUUGAGUUAGCUUUGCGAGGCAAAGAUGAAACUGAGGGCUCCACCAACCCUGGUAAGCCAACACUUUUGAGAUCAGUCAAUAAAUGCUUCUGGUAUUGACUUAUAUGCUGCCCCUGUCUUCAUGUUGUUGCUGGACAUAUCUUUUUAAAAAUGUGUGUAGGUCACCUAAAUCAUCAGAAAAAUUGCCCCCCCUGAGAAUUUUUUCAGGAGCCGCCACUGCCUGUGUCUCUUCUCUUACACCAAAUCCAUCACGGCUCCCGUCGAGAUUCAUAUCACAUCCUUAGCCUUCAACAUGUGACUCCUAUUACACCUGCUAAUCACCACACUAUCUUUAUAAGCACCUUUUUAAUUAUGUAACUUUGGCAUCUCUUCUGACCUUGCCUUUAUUGACACAUUGAGUGAGUACCACAGAAAGCUGGUACAGAAAGCUGGUAUUGAAUUUGUGAUUAAUAAUGUAUUUCUUAAUCAAUCAAAAACGUAGCUUUGGGAGUAGAAUCUGAGACACUCAGCCAUACACUGAGCAAAGUAUGAUGUUUCUUAUGUCCAAUAUGUGAUGUAGUAAUUUUGUUCAGAGGUAAUUACAUGUGAUUUCCGAGUUUCUGUUUGAUCAGAAGGGCAAAUGGCUCUUAUGUACUCAUACAUAUCAGAAAUAUCCACUUUUUAUUUGUUUCUUACUGGAAUAAUACCAGGGUUCAGAUAAUUUGGGGGGUAUUUCAAUUACUUUCAAAAAACUUUUUAUUUCGAUUUCUUUGAAUAUUGGAAUGUAUUUGAAAAUAGUCAAAUACACUGACUCAAAUACAUGUACACUCCCAUGCAUUUAACCCAGGUCGGUUACGUAUUUGAAAUAAUGUAUUUGGAAAUAAGUAUUUGAAAAUACUUUUAAAUAGUAGGCUAUUUAUAGGAAAUUAUUUGAAAAUACUUUCAAAUAAUUCCAAUAUAAGUAGAUGAUCGGGCCACAUUACGCUGUGUUGAAGCCACCAUGCCUCCAUCUUGGCACUCCCCCACCAUUGUAAAAAAUAUUUUGGAAUGCAUUUAUUAAUGUCUACAUUCAUUUUUGCCACAUUUAUUCUAUUACUGACAACUUAAUGUAUACUUUUAAAUUAUAGUAUAAUUUUUUUUAGGUUACUAAUGUUACUGUCCCCACCACAACAACAAAAAUACUUAAAUACAUUUAAUUUUGACCUUGAACAUUUAAUUGAAAUUCCAUUAAUUUCCUAUGGAGGAUUGUGCCUACUGGGGAGUGCCAAUAUGGCUGACUGGUGGCUUCAAAGCCUCUCAAUGGCCAAUACAUAGCAUCAGCAAUCCAGGGUUUAUAUACAUCAUUGAUUUGAACCCAGGUCUGCAUAAUACAUUGUUCAAUGAAUGUGUUUAAGGUAAGGUGCCAUAUACAGUGGUGUCAAAAAGUGUUUGCCCCCUUCCUGAUUUCAUAUGUGUUUGCAUGUUUGUCACACUUAAAUGUUUCAGAUCAUCAAACAAAUUUAAAUAUUAGUCAAAGAUAACACAAGUAAACACAAAAUGCAGUUUUGAAAUGAAGGUUGUUAUUAUUAAGGGAAAACAAAAUCCAAACCUACAUGGCCCUGUGUGAAAAAGUGUUUGCCCCCUACAACCUAAUAACUGGUUGGGCCACCCUUAGCAGCAACAACUGCAAUCAAGUGUUUGCGAUAACUUGCAAUGAGUCUUUUACAGCCCUGUGGAGGAAUUUUGGCCCACUCAUCUUUGCAGAAUUGUUGUAAUUCAGCCACAUUGGAGGGUUUUCGAGCAUGAACUUCCUUUUUAAGGUCAUGCCACAGCAUCUCAAUAGGAUUCAGGUCAGGACUUUGACUAGGCCACUCCAAAGUCUUCAUUUAGUUUUUCUUCAGCCAUUCAGAGGUGGACUUGCUGGUGUGUUUCGGAUCAUUGUCCUGCUGCAGAACCCAAGUUCGCUUCAGCUUGAGGUCACGAACAGAUGGCCGGACAUUCUCCUUCAGGAUUUUUUGGUAGACAGCAGAAUUCAUGGUUCCAUUUAUCACAGCAAGUCUUCCAGGUCCUGAAGCAGCAAAACAGGCCCAGAACAUAUUUGACUGUUGGUAUGAUGUUCUUUUUCUGAAAUGCGGUGUUACUUGUACACCAGAUGUAAUGGGACACACACCUUCCAAAAUGUUUAACUUUUGUCUCAUCAGUCCACAGAGUAUUUUCCCAAAGGUCUUGGGGAUCAUCAAUAUGUUUUCUGGCAAAAAUGAGACAAGCCUUAAUGUUAUUUUUGCUCAGCAGUGGUUUUCGUCUUGGAACUCUGCCAUGCAGGCCAUUUUCGCCCAGUCUCUUUCUUAUGGUGGAGUCAUGAACACUGACCUUAACUGAGGCAAGUGAGGCCUGCAGCUCUUUGGAUGUUGUUGUGGGGUCUUUUGUGACCUCUUGGAUGAGUCAUCGCUGUGCUCUUGGGGUAAUUUUGGUCGGCCGGCCACUCCUGGGAAGGUUCACCACUGUUCCAUGUUUUCGCCAUUUGUGGAUAAUGGCUCUCACUGUGGUUCGCUGGAGUCCCAAAGCUUUAGAAAUGGCUUUAUAACCUUUUCCAGACUGAUGGAUCUCAAUUACUUUCUUCUCAUUUGUUCCUGAAUUUCUUUGGAUCUCGGUAUGAUGUCUAGCUUUUGAGGAUCUUUUGGUCUACUUCACUUUGUCAGGCAGGUCCUAUUUAAGUGAUUCCUUGAUUGAGAACAGGUGUGGCAGUAAUGCCUGGGUGUGGCUAGAGGAAUUGAACUCAGGUGUGAUAAACCACAGUUGAGUUGUGUUAUAACAGGGGGGGCAAACACUUUUUCACACAGGGCCAUGUAGGUUUGGAUUUUGUUUUCCCUUAAUAAUAACAACCUUCAUUUCAAAACUGCAUUUUGUGUUUACUUGUGUUAUCUUUGACUAAUAUUUAAAUUUGUUUAAUGAUCUGAAACAUUUAAGUGUGACAAACAUGCAAACACAUAAGAAAUCAGGAAGGGGGCAAACACUUUUUCACACCACUGUACAGUACAUAUAAUUGGUAUGUGUAUAAGCACCAUCCAGACUGGUUAGAUGUUGAUGAUAGAUUGUGAUUUUCCUUUUGCUGAGGUUGAGUCACUUCCUAUUCUCUCUUCUCUUAUUUCCUUAUUCUCUCUCUCUCUCUCUCUCUCCCUCUCCCUCUCCCUCUCCCUCUCCCUCUCCCUCUCCCUCUCCCUCUCCCUCUCCCUCUCCCUCUCCCUCUCUCUCUCUCUCUCUCUCUCUCCUCCCAACGGGUAACAAAGGAUGAAGUGAAGAAUGAAAUUGGGGUGAUGAACCAACUAAACCACGUGAAUCUGAUUCAGCUUUAUGAUGCCUUUGAGUCACGGACAAACCUUACACUUAUUAUGGAGUAGUAAGUCAUUAUUCUCAUUAAGUCAGUAUUUAGAAAUUGCAACUCUAAUAGCACCUAUCUGCAUUUCAUUUGGGACGGCAAAUACUGUUCCAGGCUAUAAAGCAUUGUUUUAGUAGAAUUAACCUCUAUGCCACUCAAUUUCCUCAGCUCUUCUUUGCUUUUUUGCACAGUAGCACAAUAUCACUUUUACAGCACUGACCAGCUCCCUGUCUCUGCAGUGUGGAAGGUGGUGAGUUGUUUGACCGGAUCGUUGAUGAGAACUUCCAGCUGACAGAGCUGGAUGCCAUCGUGUUUAUGAGACAGAUCUGUGAGGGGGUACAGUACCUCCAUCAGCAAUACAUUCUCCAUUUAGACCUCAAGGUAAAAGUAAUAUACUAUACAUAGAAUAUAUUGCAAGACUUGUUAGUUUACAUGGAUUUUAAUUAUAUUACAUAUCACCCUGGUGUGAGAAUUCUUACAUGCUCUCCUUAUUUUCUCUCAGCCAGAGAACAUUCUUUGUGUCAACUCCACAGGGAACCAGAUCAAGAUAAUAGACUUUGGUCUGGCCAGAAAGUACGUUUCUCAGUAUUUUCUCCAUUCAGUGACAAGAACUGUAUUAAUCUACAAAUCUCAUCUAUUGACAUCCCCCUUUUUCCAUCAUCCUGAAUUGAGUAGCCAAUGAGGUAGCUAUGGUAACAGUCACCCAGUAGACCGCUUGGUAAAAAGUAGGCCAUCUCUGUAAAUCUGAGUCUCCACCCAUGACGCUCUGUUGUAAGACGUGAGACCUUUAUGAUGCCAUAGUUCAGAUGUGCUUGUCUCCCAUCAGGUACAGACCCAGAGAGAAACUAAAGGUCAAUUUUGGCACCCCAGAAUUUCUGGCUCCUGAGGUGGUCAACUACGACUUUGUCUCAUUCCCAACGGACAUGUGGAGUGUGGGAGUCAUUACUUAUAUGCUGUGAGUAUCACCACACACACACACACACACACACACACACACACACACACACACACACACACACACACACACACAUACACACACACACAUAUACACACACACACACACACAGUGAAACACCUCCGCUUGACAAAUACACUCACCACACACCUCUGCUAGGCAGCAGCAUCAGUCAUACCUUGUAACACAGUGGAAGCUGGUGGGAGGAGUUAUAGAAGGACAGGCUCAUUGUAAUGGCUGGAAUGAAAUAAAUGGAACGGUAUCAAACAUCAAACAUAUGGAAACAUCGUGCUUGACUCCGUUCCAUAAAUUCCAUUCCAGCCAUUACACUGAGCCCGUCCUCCUAUAGCUCCUCCCACCAGCCUCCUCUGGUGUAACAUGAGGAUCUGAUCUAUUGUAAAGGGUCAACCAAUGGUAUCCUAGCCACUGGAAACAUGCUUGCCAUCCAUCUAUAAACGCAUGUUUGUCUCUUGUCACUCACACUAGCACACUGUUCAGCUAUGACUAAAUUCAUACCCACUGCUGCCCCCUCGCAAUGUUGUCUGUUAGCCUCAACCAUGGCCCUGAAUGAACUGUGUGCAUCCCAGUGGCGGCCUGGCUUUUCUCAGGACCUGGUAGAUUCAAUUAAUGCUAAUAACCUGACAGCUGUCCAAGGAGAUUUAGGAGGGUUCGCCCAAAAUAAGAAUGUGUGACUGUUCCACUCUAUGCCGCCAGCUUGCCUGAAUACCUAGCACUACCCAGGGAUCCAUGGUGCUAAUUGAAUUAUUAUAUUAUAUUUAGAGUAAGCAUCGGUAUGUGAGUGUGCUUUGUUUCAAUUUCUCUGGAACGUGACACGCACAUCUGCUCCUUUGUAACCAUUGCCCACAGUCUUUGUGUUGAAGUGUGGUAUGGGUCUAAGAUUCACAGUCUCAAACUUUGUAUUUACAUACCUGGCCCAUACUUUUCAUUCCAGGGCACUGAGGCAGAGCUCUCUGUAGCAUCAUGACUUUGAUGAAUGAUUUGUCUUUCUUUCUCAUGAGGACUAUAUGAAAAUGUGACUAACCAAGAAUAUCUCACUGUUUUAUUAGUCUGAGUGGACUGUCUCCAUUCCUGGGGGACAACGAUGCAGAGACUAUGAACAACAUCCUUCAUGCCAACUGGGAUUUUGAUUCAGAGGCAUUUGAGAAUGUCUCAGAGGAAGCUAAGGACUUUGUUACCAGACUGCUGAUUCCAACUAAAUGGUAUUCCAUAUCUUCGUUAUAAUUCAUGUUCUAUUCAUCUAUAUUGUUUUCCCCUCUUUGUCCUCCAAAUUCAUGGCCAUAGCACCAUCUCAUUUAGUAAAAUGAAAAGGCCUAUUGUUUGCGUAAGGCAGGUAUAUUCCAACUGAAUGCACCUCAUUGCCACUGAAUCACAAUCAGACUGUUGAUGGUUCAUUUUGCCAUUUGUCUAAAUGGGUUAUUUGAAUAUGUGCCAUGAAAUCCAAAUGAGUUGAGUAAACAGGAUAUAGAAGGUCACUAGAAUGUAGCACAUUUGAGUCACAUUAAAAACAAACUACACUGCCAGGGCCUGAGUGAGUUGUGUGUGCUCCCACACUGGACUGUUUACUGAGUGGUCAGCUGGCAGGAAACAACGACAGCCCGGAUUGCAGAUGGCAACAGGCACAUUGUCAAUAUUUGGGACCUUGUUGUUCUUUCUGUGCUGUGUCACCAUUAAUGACCUGGUCAUUCCUAAUUGGGGCACUCAGUUGUGUGUUAUUCACCCCCACACCCACUAUCAGCCAUGGUGAAGAGGAUCAUGGUGUGUUCAUCAUUAGCCUCUGUCUGUAGGCUACUUUUCUUUCCAAGGAAUGGGUACAUCUCUGCUUUUAGCAGCAGCUAUUUCAUGACAGGCUACCAGCAUUAGAUGAGGCAUGGGUUACGGAGAAUGUUUUCACCCCAUAAAGGCAGCGGCACUGAAAACUCCGUUUAGAAACAGAAAGUGGAAAUACGGUUUUGGAAGUUGUGGGAGUUGUAUCACAGUUUAGAAUUAUAGUUAACCAAUUAUCUUGAUGAAUGUCCAUUUGGGCCGUAGACCUGUGUGUAUUGAUACCCCUAUCCUGGGUCUGUAUUGUAGCAGUCGACUCAGUGCAACUGGCUGCAUGAAGCAUGCCUGGUUGAACAAUCUGGAGGAUAAAGCCAAAUUACACCAGGUGCGGCUCAAGUCCCAAGUCAAGCUCCAGCGCUACCUGGCAGCUCAUAAACAGUGGAAGGUGAGGACUGAAGCCCGUUACGCAUGUUCCCAUGCAUCCCUUCAUAGGUCUACACAUUGCAUCUGUGUUACAGUGAAUUGUCUGAAUCAUAUUUUUAUAAGAAAGUCAUCUAAAUUCAAUUAUUCUACUUCCUUGCAGAAACACUUCUAUGUGGUUGCUGCAGCCAAUAGGCUGAAGAGGUUUCGCCAGAAUCAUCCAAUAAACACUGUAUAGCAUUGAGAAGACUGCUAUCAAAGACUGGGUAGUUGUGCCUCACGUGUAUUGCUGCCGUGCUGCACCUCCAUGGCAGGCAUUCCUGCCAUUUUGCUAGUUGGACUGAGGCAACAGAACAGGACGUGAUCUGCAACACAGUGUCCGGCGUUGGUAUGCAAAUUACAAUGAUGGACAUCGAUUGAAAUGUACUGCAGUAUUCUAAUAACUUUGUACAGUCUUCCUGUGGGUGAUGUUAGUGAUUACUAAAUUACACAGGGCUCACAGUGCGCUUCAAGCUGGUAGCCUACUACUUACUUUGGUGUAAUUGUUUAUUUAAUGACAAAUCUUACAUGUUUGAACUGCUUUGCUGAAUGUACCAUUUUCUGCACAUCAAGUUGAAGUCACAAUGACACAUUCACAAGGCUUUCUUUUUUGGUUUAUUUAAUAUGGUAAGUGAAUCUUCACAAUCACACAGAUGACCUUGUCUUGUCAAUCUUUCCUUCUAUGAAGGCUUUGAAUGUGCCACUUGUUUGCAUGCUACACAUCCCAACUGACUGUACGGUGUUCCCAUAUAGCAUUAUUUUAUGACAGUGUCCCCACCUCCACUUGAACUCAGCAAGAAUAACUCAAUAUGACUAUAAAUGUUAAUUUAUUAAAAUAAGAGAAGCUGCAAAAGGAAACUGUCUUUUACCAUUGUCAAUAGUCUGGCACAGUGGAAGCGUCAUAAAACCUAUACAAACACAGAAACAGUUCCAAUAGUUUCUGCCAUUCAUUUUUAACAUGGUGAAUUUUACAAAAAAUCUAAUUAAUUGUGUUUGGUGUAGGCUUACCUUGGCAUGAUGUUUUGAUAGCCAUGUAAUUCUCUCGUACAAGGUGAGUUAUCAAUAUAUUCGCCUCAAUUUACUCACAAAUUCAUAAUGCUUAUUAUUGAUCAAAGUUACCUUGUCUUAGAGAGAUUUGUGUGGUUAUCAAAACGUCACACCAGGGUAAGCCUACAAGAAACACAGACCUUAUAUGAAGUCGUUCUAAAAUCCCCGAUGGAAAAAUUAAUGGUGAAUAAACGAUUGGAACCAUUUCCGACUCAUACUGUGGUACUCAAUAUUGUCUGUCCAAGGUCAGUCUUCAUAAAAACAGUUGAUAAUGCCAGCUGCCAAAUGUUAAGACUGUCUAUCAUCCACCAUAAAUUGUGAUUUUAUAAAAUGAGGGAAAUUGUAAUUAGCCGUUUUAAAACACCACAGAAUGUUAAUCUUAACUGUACAAAUCCAACACAUUGACCAGCAACAGCAUAGCAGAAUUCUUACAGUAGGUCUCAUACACGGCCACUAAGUGGCAGACAAGUCAAUGUACUGUACGGAAUACAAAAAAAUCAUGCCUGCUUACAAGGGUAAGGCUUAUCACAGAAAAUAACCAUGGUUGAAACAAACCAUUUAAAAAAAAAUAAUAAUAAAAACACCCUUUUCAGGUAACCUUCUCCAAAAAUCUGAAGUAACUUAGACAUGGAGCUCCUAUUUGCUUCAUUAGCAGACUUGUACCUGCUCAUUAGAAUUCACAUGCAAAGAAUACUAGUGCUCCAGCCUCACUACUCAGGACUGUAUACAGUAUUUUCACGUGCCCAAGCUCGUGAGAACUUUCCCCUUUUUGUCAUGGCUGAGCUGACCAUCUCUCUUUCUUAAUAAAUAAACAGCACUACAUUUCAAAUGGACUUAUGCAUUGGCUUGUUUGGCUUUAAGGGCAUUUUCCAAGAUUCUUUGCUUCCACUCUUCGUAAUCCUGUGUUGCACUCUCCUCAGAGACCUCUUU